AUGUCAUUCCAAGUCCCACGCAAAGCGAUCCUAACGAAGGAACAACUCGAAUUCUUUCAAACCUCGAAGACUCACCAAGAACUCGUCUCAUAUAUCGAGGUCCUCAACGACGCAGUCGUCGGCGUCAGGCUCACCGACGAAUGUUCAUUGUCUACUGGUGCAGCUGCCGUUCUCGUCCUUUUGGACAGUGUUGAGCGAGUGGCGAGGGAUACGCCUCCUGUGGAGAACUCCGCGUCGAGGUUUGGGAAUUCGGCUUUUAGAACAUUUUAUGACCGUGUCUCCGAGGUUUCACCGGAGUUACACACAUCGCUCCCUGAUUUGCCAAGUGAUGCUAUCGAGGAACUGUCGGUCUAUUUCAGCGAGGCAUGGGGCAAUCGCACGCGCAUCGAUUUCGGGAGUGGGAUGGAGCUCAAUUUCCUCUGCUGGCUCCUAUGUCUAGAACGGCUACUGGUAUUGCAAGAAACGGACCAUAAAGCGAUUGUUAUUCGUCUGUUCUGGAGAUACAUAAACAUCAUGCGGAUACUCCAAUCGACCUAUUGGCUAGAACCCGCUGGCUCGCAUGGCGUCUGGGGGCUGGACGACUACCACUUUCUCCCGUUUCUCUUCGGUUCCGCUCAACUACGAGGGCAUAAGUACAUCCGUCCCAAGGCGAUACACGACCCCGAGAUAGUGGAAGAAUACUCAAAAGACUACAUGUAUUUCGCUUGUAUCGCUUUCAUCAACUCGAUAAAAACAGCCUCCCUUCAAUGGCACUCCCCCAUGCUCAACGACAUAUCAGCCGUAAAAACAUGGGACAAAGUCAACUCAGGCAUGCUCAAAAUGUACCUCGCCGAAGUUCUCAAUAAGCUCCCAGUAAUGCAACACUUCCUCUUCGGCUCCUUCCUCCCUUACGACGGGCCUCUACCGCCUCCGCUGCAUGGGGACCACGUGCACGCACAUGACGACCUUGGAGGGGCUGGCCAGAAGGACGUUGGUUGGGGUGACUGCUGCGGGAUUCCCGUGCCGUCUGUGUUUGCUGCGGCUAGGGCGGAGGCGGAGAAGAAGCAUGGGUUCAAGUUGGGCGAGGCGGAAGUGCCGGGUGUGAGGCCCGUGCCAUUUGAUUAGUCGACGAUGGGGUUAAAAGGAUCAUGAUGUGAUAGACAAUAACGGACACAUGCUUGCUUCUAUAAUUAUAGUCUUAACAUGAACUAUUUAUCACGACGUUUUGAUGUCAGAGGGACGAGAGAUAUAAGGGAAAAGAGUGUGCAAAGUUAUGCAAAUGACUGGAUGAUGGAGAGGGUGGGGAGUGAGAUCCUACUACGUGAGAUGAUACUAAUUGUCAAGUUCGAUGGAGGGUAAGCUAAUAAUAAAGAAAUGGUUCGCAAGGGCUCAAAAUACCAAUGAGGAGAGUCAGUCGAGGAAAAGGCAUAAAAGGGGUACCAAGCAUGACGAAAUAGAGGGUAGACCGUCCAGAGGUUGACUUCCAACGUAAAUCCGCUCAAU